AUUCUCAAUGUAAACAAAAAGAAAGAAAAAGGUGGAAAGUAAAUAAAACAAUGUCUCGAGGCGGAGAACUGGUCUUUAAAACGAAGAAAACGUCGGAGAAGAUAUCGGAAAACAUACACAUUUUUGCCAACGAUCCAUCGCUGGCGUUUUUCCGGGUCCAGGAACACGUUCGGAAGGUUUCCCCAGCGAUUUUCGAGAAACGCGAUGAGGUCUUCCAGCUGCAAAACAAUCUCCAGGGGCAUUGCUAUGAUAUGGAAUACGGAAUUCAAGCCCUGCGAACGAUUGAAAAAUCCGAGAGCAUAUUCGACAACAUACAGGAGAUGAUCAAGGCUUCGAUUUUCCUAAAGCAACAGUUGAAGUACGAGGAAAACAGAAAGAAAACCAAGAAGGAAAGCACCAAGUCUUCGGUGUACAAAAGAUUUUCCGCCCACCUCGCAUUGGAUCUGCCGGACUUACCUGAUUUCGGUGGCGUUAUGCGGGAAACUAGCCAGCGAAUGGAGAAUAUGAUAGGUCCUGGCACCGGAACAGGACGAACUGAGACCCAGCCCUUACAAACCAGUAAUCCGGGCGAACUCCAACGAUCCUAUACCACACUCCACUAGUUAGAUUUAGGUUUUAGUAUUGUAUUUGUAGUUAUGUGUGUGAUUAUUGCAAAAUACAUUUUAUUUCAAUUAUACGGGGGUGCCACAGAAAUCGCAGGGCGCCCAUUCUGCGUAUAUUUUGCACGCCCUAAAGUAAUUUCUGUGGCAUCCCUGAUAAGAAUGUUUGAUUUUA